AUGGGAGCUCCCUUGACACCAUUGCUGUACCUUUGCCUACUGCUGGUGCCAUGCCUUCUUCUCUUGCAAGAAGCACAUGCGGCACGCCAUGGAGGGAUCUCACGGAGAUCUCAACGAAUAGCCCUCCUCCGCUGGAAAGCUACACUUGCGAGCCCACCGCUGCAGAUGAGCUCUUGGCAGGAAAACACAAGCUUGUGCAACUGGACGGACAUCAUGUGCGCAGCUGUUCGCCAUGGCCGCCGCAGGCCCUGGGUGGUCACCAACAUCUCCCUGCCAGAUGCUGGCAUCCAUGGCCAGCUUGGUGAGCUCAACUUCUCAGCCCUUCCAUUCCUCACAUAUAUUGACCUCAGCAACAACAGUCUCCAUGGUGCACUACCCGCUAGUAUCAGCUGCCUGUCAUCACUUUUGGAACUCUACCUUCCCUACAACCAGCUCACAUGGAAAAUUCCCGAUGAGAUUGGUGGCCUGCAAAGUCUGAGGGUGCUUGAGCUCUCAUUUAACAGACUCACAGGACAUAUUCCUGCGUCUCUGGGCAACCUAACAAUGUUAACUGAUCUCGCCAUUCACCAAACCAUGGUAUCAGGUCCCAUUCCUGAGGAGAUUGGAAGGCUUGUCAACCUGCAAAUUCUACAGCUAAGCAAUAGCAUCUUAAGCGGCAUAAUACCAAAAACCCUUAGAAAUCUGAGCCGGCUAAAUACUUUGUACCUGUAUGGUAAUCAACUUUCAGGGCCUAUACCACAAGAACUAGGCACGCUAGUCCAUUUGCAAAUUCUUGAGCUUAGUUCAAAUAAUUUUUCAGGUCCAAUUCCAAUCUCCAUAACCAAUCUCACUAAGAUGAACCAACUUUUUCUCUUUGAAAAUCAAAUCACAGGUUCAAUACCCCCAGAACUAGGGAAUCUCACUGUGCUCAAUGAACUUUCUCUCUAUGCAAAUCAAAUCACAGGUCCAAUACCCCCAGAACUAGGAAACCUCACUAUGCUCAAUGUACUUUAUCUCUAUACAAAUGAAAUCACAGGCGCAAUACCUUUAGAAUUGGGCAUGUUAUUGAAUCUAAGAGAAUUGGACUUGUCCGAUAACCAAAUAUCUGGCUCUAUUCCCCAAGAGAUUGGCAAUCUGAUAAACCUCAAAUAUUUAUACUUGUUUCAGAAUCAAAUUUCGGGCUCAAUACCUAGAACUUUUGGGAAGUUGCAAAGCAUGCAAGAACUACUAGUCUUUGAUAACAACUUAUCAGGUUCUCUUCCUCAAGAAUUUGAAGAUCUCAUCAGCCUUGUUACACUUGAGUUGUCUAACAACUCAUUUUCAGGACCUUUACCCUCAAAUAUUUGUUCAGGUGGCAAACUUCAAUCUCUCAUUGCCUUCUCUAAUAUGUUCAAUGGCCCCAUUCCAAGGAGUUUAAAGACAUGUACGAGUUUGGUUGAAAUUGACCUUCAAUCGAACCAUCUAAUAGGAGAUAUAUCUCAACACUUUGGUGUAGAAAAGCUAAGCAAUCUAGGAUACCUUGAUAUAUCUGGGAACAGGAUGAGUGGAUUAAUACCUAGGGAACUAGGGGCCUGCAUGAAACUAUUGUCCUUGAAGAUCAACAACAACAACUUUAGUGGGAGUUUGCGUGGUGCGAUUGGAAAUUUAGCAGGCCUACAAAUCAUGUUAGAUGUGAGCAACAAUAACCUCAGUGUUCUGUUGCCGCAGCAACUCGGGAAGUUGGAGAUGCUAGAAUUUCUGAAUUUAUCACAUAAUCAGUUCAGCGGAAGCAUCCCACCCUCCUUUGCAAGCAUGGUGAGCCUGUCAACACUUGAUGUGUCCUACAACAACUUGGAAGGACCAGUCCCAACAGCACGGCUACUUCAAAAUGCUUCAGCAAGUUGGUUUCUUCCCAAUAAAGCAGGUCACCAUAAACGGAAGACACUUGCUUUGCUUUUGCCAAUUGUUCUUGUUGUGGGUUUCAACAUUGUUGCUGCAAUUGCCGUCAUAAUAAUGCUUAGUCGUAAUAAUAGAAAACAACAAGAAAGUGUUACUGCUGAAGGAAGGGACCUAUUCUCUGUUUGGAAUUUUGAUGGAAGAUUAGCAUUUGAUGAUAUUGUAAGGGCAACCGAAGACUUCGACGAGAAGUACAUCAUUGGAACAGGAGGAUAUGGCAAAGUCUAUAAGGCACAACUCCAAGACGGACAUAUAGUUGCUGUGAAGAAGCUUCAUCAGACUGAAGAAGAGUUGGAUGACGAAAGAAGAUUUCAAAGUGAAAUGGAAAUCUUAUCACAGAUCCGACAACGAAGCAUCGUCAAAAUGUAUGGAUUCUGCUCCCAUCCAGUGUAUAAAUUUCUUGUCUAUGAGUACAUUCAGAGGGGCAGCCUCCACGGGUCAUUGGAAAAUGAGGAGCUAGCAAAGGAACUAGAUUGGCAGAAGAGAAUAACUCUUGCAACUGAUGUGGCUCAAGCAAUAUCUUAUUUGCACCAUGAAUGCAGUCCACCCAUAAUCCAUCGAGAUAUCACGAGUAACAACAUCUUGCUUGAUAUAACCUUCAGGGCUUUUGUCUCGGAUUUUGGCACAGCAAGGAUUCUUAAGCCCGAUUCAUCAAACUGGAGUGCACUAGCAGGAACAUAUGGCUACAUAGCUCCUGAACUAUCAUACACAUCUGUUGUGACAGAGAAAUGUGAUGUAUAUAGCUUUGGCGUGGUUAUGCUAGAUCUAGUGAUGGGAAAGCAUCCAAGGGAUAAAUUAGACAUUAGUUUGCCAAGCGAGAAACAAGCUAUGUUGGUGAAAGAUAUUCUGGACCAACGACCAACCACCCCAACAAUAACAGAAGAGAAUAACUUAUCUCUUCUCAUUAAGCUGGCCUUUUCUUGCUUGGAAUCUUCUCCACAAGCAAGGCCGACCAUGCGGGAGGCACACCAAACACUCAUAUGCCUUUCAGCCCACUUACAUUACAGCAAGUAA